AGUGAAAGGUAACACCCUGUCGUGGUAGCAGCUGAUCUCAUGACACGUAUAUAACUGAUUUUUCAUGUUUACUCAGAAAUGGGUCAUUUCAUGAUGUUUCAUGCAAAAGGUAAAUUGAACCCAGAACAAUCGUUACUAUUUACAUUAACAAACACUUCUGAAACACUGAAAUUAGGACAGGAAAUUGUUUUUUCUUUUUUUCUUAUCCGUUAGUUGUGUCAUUUCAAACAACUCAGUGUUUAAACCUUGAUUUUAUAAUGAAACCUGGACUUUGAAUACCUAAGUUUUAAGAUUUCUGUCAGGUCAAUUACCCUGAUUCAGAUUUCUGAUACAGCUUUUUUUUUCUUUUAAAUCUUGACAGGUACAUAAAUAAGGAUAAAGUAUUUUAUGAAACAAACCUUCAAUCAAGUAUAACAUUUUGAUGCUUGGCAUCUAGACUCUUGUGCCCUCACUAUGCCAGCAGCAACUGUAGAUCAUAGCCAAAGAAUUUGUGAAGUUUGGGCUUGCAACCUGGAUGAAGAGAUGAAGAAGAUUCGUCAAGUUAUCCGGAAGUAUAAUUACGUUGCUAUGGACACCGAGUUUCCAGGUGUGGUUGCAAGACCUAUUGGUGAAUUCAGGAGCAAUGCUGACUAUCAGUACCAACUGUUGCGGUGUAACGUAGACUUGCUAAAGAUAAUUCAGCUAGGACUGACCUUUAUGAAUGAGCAAGGAGAAUACCCGCCAGGAACUUCAACUUGGCAGUUUAAUUUUAAAUUUAAUUUGACGCACAUUAGCAAGGAGCUGGAUAUUGGAAGUGGAGGAACUGGGACUCAAACUGGCACCCAAAUGGGAUGCUGGCACUGCAGGGAGGACAUGUAUGCCCAGGACUCAAUAGAGCUGCUAACAACAUCUGGUAUCCAAUUUAAAAAACAUGAAGAGGAAGGAAUUGAGACCCAGUACUUUGCAGAACUUCUAAUGACUUCCGGAGUGGUCCUUUGUGAAGGGGUCAAAUGGUUAUCAUUUCAUAGCGGUUAUGACUUUGGCUAUUUAAUAAAAAUCCUGACAAACUCUAAUUUGCCUGAAGAAGAACUUGAUUUCUUUGAGAUCCUUCGGUUGUUUUUUCCUGUCAUUUAUGACGUGAAGUACCUCAUGAAGAGCUGCAAAAAUCUCAAGGGUGGAUUGCAAGAAGUUGCUGAACAGUUAGAGCUGGAACGGAUAGGACCACAGCAUCAGGCCGGAUCUGAUUCAUUGCUCACAGGAAUGGCCUUUUUCAAAAUGAGAGAAAUGUUCUUUGAAGAUCAUAUUGAUGAUGCCAAAUAUUGUGGUCAUUUGUAUGGCCUUGGUUCUGGUUCAUCCUAUGUACAGAACGGCACAGGGAAUGCAUAUGAAGAGGAAGCCAACAAGCAGUCAUGACAAGAAAUAGUCCUUUUAUUUUAUUUGAGCUACACACAUGCUUGUAUAUAGGUUUUAAUCUCUGGUUGAAUCCCUUGAACAAUAGAAGACACUUUACCCCCUUUCAUAGCCCAUUUUAUUUCCUGUCUUUGAGUACUAAAUAUGACCAUUCCUAUCUAAGAUCUCAAUAAAUAGAAAUGCAUUCAGGUUAAAUUUGGCCUUAAUUUAAUACACUUGUUAGCAAGCGUGUGACAGAGUGUGGGGAAAGCUACAUUAUACUGAAUAUUUUGAUAAACUUUACCAACUUACGGUUUGUUUUUCCCUCUUCCUGAAUUAACUAGCACUGACUGUAAUUUAUUUCCCUGUUUCAUAUCUCCCCUCCGUUCUACAGGAGUUUUAGCUAUUUGAGAUUGUGGACCAUCAAUUUUGCACUUUAGAGAGUGAUUCUGCCCCAAAUCCUGCGUUUCAUCAGAAAUUUUGGUUUUUCUUGCUCUUAGGUGGGAAUAUGACUAUCUGCCAACUUUAUACAAUAUGUACUUGUUUUUGCACCACAAAGUACACCACUUUUUUGGUGCAAAUUGAUUAAGCAAGACUAACAAGACAAGGAAACACUGAGGAGCUUAAUAACUGCUAUUUCUUCUGUAUGUAGUGUUUAAUCUUCCAAGCACAUCUGCUGUGUGUCAGUUUCUAAUUGGCUUAUGUAGGCUGCUCUGUGACUGAAGAAUUUUCAAACCAGCUUUACACCCUUCAGGAAAAAUCCCUUGUGAUUGGACAUUUAGUAUUUUCCAGGAAACUGGAUCUCAACAUUGAAGACACAGUUUGCUCUAUGAUAGCACAUUUUCCUUGAUCUGUUUAUUAUUACGUCACCGUUUACCCUUAGUUUUUAUUUAUAACCAUACUUGUAAUGUCCUUGAUUUGUAGUUACACAAAUCAAUUUCAUUUCAAGUCCAAAGAAACAAGUCUUUAGGUAUAUUUUAUAUCAAAAAGAAAAAAAAAUUGUGCUUUCAUAGUUUCUACAAAGUUAAAUAAUGGAAAAAUUUGGUGCAAAACAAAACACAAAUAUAUAUAUACAUAAAUGUAUAGCUAAUGAAACUACCUGAGGAGUGUAAUGCUUGUUUAUUUUUUUGUGUAUAUCUUUGCAAUCUAUUUUAUAUAUUUUGACAAAAAGAGACUGUGAAAUAUUUAGCCAUGCAGAAUAUGUGACCAGACCAGAGCAUGUGCAGGAAGACUUUUUGGUAAUCGUUAACUCUACCUUGAAAUGAUGGACUCCAAGUUAUAAUGUGUGUUAUCUGCACUUCAAUCAGUAAUAUUAGCAAAUCUCCAAAUGUUAGCCACAGUGGUUUGUUCUCCCCUGUACGGUCUUUAUCCCUGAUACUAUAAUACUGUAACUGGGUGGUCCUUUUUAAACAAAACGUGAUUUGCAAAACAGAGGGUAUUAUUUGUUUUUAAAGCUUUUGUAAAUAAAGGCUUCAGAAAUGUUUUCUUACA